AUGGCCCCACUGUGCAGUCACAGCUUUGCAGGUACAGGCUUCAUUUCGUCCGCAAUGCGCUGCACUGUCCUGCUCAACUGUUCGAACAAUGAAGUCCAGUUUGCUACUUGCCAAGAGCGAUCCAUCGGCGCUUGCAUCCUCAUCGUUCACCCAAGCGUGUGGCGGAUGCUCGUCGCUGCAACUGAGCGCAGAGUAAAUCUGUACCGUAAUACCGUAGGCAAGGCUGUUUUCCAGGCCAACCUCGCUGUCGUCUCAAUUCCGUACAAAGGCAAGCGUAGAGCAGCUAGCGUCAAGCAAGCCCCUUUGAUCUGGAGAGCGAGCCCCUUUGUUCGGCCGCUGCCAGCGCUCGAGUCAAGCAGCGCCCCUCGUGUUGUCACUCUCUCAUCGCUGCUCGCUGAGGCGGGUUUGAAGCUGAGAUCUGGCAGGCUGGGCGAGGUUGUCUCGAACCCACCAUCUCUGUACGCCAUGGCGCAAAACAUCGUCACAGUGGCGUUGCUCGAAGACGCAGCUGCAUCCACCUCGGCGGUGCUCGACGCACUCGUGGGUGCCUUUUCGCUGGUGGAGCACACCAUGCUGCGCAUUACGCUGCCGGAUGACGAUGCCAUGCUGCGCGCGCUGCUCGCACACGAGAUUGCCACGCUCGGUGAAGCAGCCGCGCUCGUCCGAUGGGCACCCGGAUUCACCGCUGCUCCGUUCACCGUGCUCGUUCUCGCGCUCACGUCCAACGACGACGCCUGCAAGGUCUUUCUCACCCAGUACGCCUCGAGUCUGAAGAAGUUCGGACCAAUCUACGCUUCGCCCACACGAGAUGUAGCGCAGAUGCAACGUGCCCUACUCUUCCCUGCGAUCGGCUCGGGAAGUAGUGAGGCAGGCACGUCCAGCUCUGCAUCUACACGCGCAACCUCGGUGAGUCGAGCAUCGCAGCCCGGCUUCAAGGCGCGUGCCGUUCCAUCGAGCGUAUCGAGCAAGCCCACGAUCGAGCCGCGCUUGAGCCGUGCAGCUGCACUGCGCAUGGGAAUACCCCUACCCACCCGCACGCCGAGUCCCACCAAGACCCCCGCUCCCGCGUCGGGCAUGCCCAAACGCACCGUCCCCACCCCCUCGUCCCUGCGCACACCCACCAUCGCCCCGCGUCUCAACAAGGCCGCCCUCGCUCGCCAAAACCAACCCGGCCAGGCUAGACCAUCUACAGCCGGAGAAAGGGUGAGGAGCGAAGUCGACUUUUCGCGCACACCGGGACACAAACGCGCAUCGCUCUCCACGUCGGUCGCCUCCACUGCGCCCCCCGCUAUUGUGCCACGCCAGACCAGGGCGAGUCUGAGCCGGCUUUCCACACACCAGCCUGCGGUAUCGCCGGCGAGACCGCAGGCUCAUGUCAGGUCGAUGAGUGUGGGAGGUCCGCGUGCGCAGCUGGAUUUCUCGUCGACUCCCGGUCACAAACGUGCGCUGCCUGUCGUGAUUGCUUCGCUCAAGCCGCCCACGAUGGUGCCGAGACAGAACCGCGCCUCGCUCGCAAGGACAAGCGCUCCUCCCCAGCACACAGAGUCGCCUAUGCGUCGUAUGUAG